CAAAAUGGCCACUUCGUGUGGUCAUGGCGAAGCGGGCAUGGCGAAUAACGUUGAAAGUUUACUAGAAUGUUCAGUUUGUUUAGAAACACUGAAUGAUCCACGCACUUUGCUAUGCUUUCAUUCAUUUUGCAAGGUUUGCUUGGAGAAAAUUGUUCGAAUUGAACGCAAGAAUGCGAAGUCGGGAAAGAUUGAAGAUUUCAAUUGUCCUACGUGCAGGUCUGUAUUUCAGUUGAAAUCAAAUCAGGAAGUAGCAGAGUUGUCUAGCAGUCAUUUUAUCCGAAAUAUGCUAGAAGCUGUUCAACUACAAAACCAAGCAAAGCAUGCCAAUUGCUCGAAAUGCAAUAAACAACAAGCAAGUUGCCGCUGUUUGACAUGCGAACUGUUCUUAUGUGACGAGUGUUUGGCAGAGCAUAACUCAGUACGAGAGAGUUGGCCUGGUUUUAAGAAAAUCCCUUGCUCUGUGUUAAGCAUUGAGGAGUUGACAAAGCCCGAAAACAAGUCAAAGAUUAAAGGCAGCAAGGUUUUGCAUUGUAGUAAACACGAGGGCAAGAAACUGAAGUUUUAUUGCGAGACAUGCAAGGAACUUAUCUGUAGAUAUUGUCUGGAUUUUAUUCAUACCCGCCCGGAUCAUGAAUGUGCACCAAUAGAGCAUGUCGUUGGGAGACGAAAGGAAUCUCUAAAGAGCUCAGUGAGUGCGCUGAGGAAAAAAUUAACCCUUGGCAAUAAAGCUCUACAAGCCAUAUCUGGUGUGGAAGAGAAGUUCAAAUCCAACACUCAGAAGGUUAAAAAAUCUAUCAAUAAUGAAAAGGAAAGAGUGAAAGAUAUAUUUUUGCAGUAUUUGGAAGAGACUGCACAGAAAAAAUGUGAUGAAGUUGAUGAGUUUUACAAUAAAACACAUCAAGAAUUGAUUGCAAAGCAGCAGAAGGAGAUACAGUCAUUUGUGAAUGAAGUUAAUGUAUCAUAUGAUUUGGCUAAGAAUAUUUUAGAGAAUGGUACCAGUGUGGAAGUUAUACAAUCAGAAGGAAUGGCCACAGAGUGGUUGGAAGGUGUAGAGAGGGAGGAAAAAACGAAGAUUACUCAGAUCAAUGAUGUAGAUAUUGAAUAUAUCAAGAAACACAUUGAUGUUAAACAGCUACAAAAGUUUCUGGAAUUGGGUGAUGUGAGAAUAAAAGGUAACUAGAAGUUACAUGCAUGCAUGCACCUACCCCUUACCUUUUCUUUAUAGAGUGACUAUACAAUUCCAAAACAUUAGGGCCAUUUAUACGAGCGAAAAUAAGUCGUGGCCUAAAUAAGCCGCGGCUUAAAUAAGUCGCGAACAACUCGUAUAUAAACAGUCAAUUCGCAAUAAACCGCGGCUUAUUCAAGCCUGGGCUUAUUUUAGCCGCGGCUUAGUGCAAAUUGAUUGUUUAUACGAGUCGUUCGCGACUUAUUUAAGCCGCGGCUUAUUUUCGCUCGUAUAAAUGGCCCUAUUGCUUCAACAUGACCUAUUUCAGGAUUUGGUUGCAAUGGCAACAUGAAAAUCAUAUUUUUGCAAACUAACAACAAGAGAAAGGCAAUAAUAUAUGUAGUGCUAUGCCUUUAUUUGAUAUUUAGUAAGCUUGGAUUUAAUGUAAAUUGUCAUGCAAAAUUAACAUGUUGUAAUUUUGAUAAACUAGUGCUAAGGAGACCAAACCCUGAGUGCUGCUGACAAUUAGUCUGCAGGUCAAGUACGAUAACAGCUGUCUUAUCACGUCCAACCCCCAGAAAAUGUUGAAAAUCACAAGCCAAUUGCCUGAUGAUAGGCAGAUAUAUUUCUGAAGAUAUAAUAUGUCAACUGUGAUUGAAAUUAGUGGAGAUUAUAGUAUCACCUCAUGAAUGCAUGCAUUUACUAAAUAAAUAUUAAAUUGUCGUCUAAGUAGGUUUGCCCACCAUAUGCAUGCAGCUACAUACUGAUACUUGUAUUUUUCUAUUCAAUAGUUCUUCCUAAUAAUUAUGUAGCUAUGUUCAAAAUGCGUGUAGAACAACAAAGGAAACGAACAAUCAGCUUUAAUACAAAUACGUUCUCAGAUUAAAGUUCUUUUCAACAUUUCAUGCGUCGUGCGUAAAAGUCGUGGGUCGAAAAAUGCUCUAAAUUUCCAGUUUUCGCUCAAAUACUGCUUUUGAUAUAAUAAUUUCUGGUUUAGCGAAACGUGUGUAAGCGAUAUGCAAUGCCCAACUGAAUAUUUAACCGAAAUUCUUCAUAUUACGCGUUCGAACUAAAGUCAAGAGCGCAGCAGGAUAUGGACAGGCGGCAAGUGACUAAAGAAAUGUUAUGACGUAAUUAAAGGAAAUAAACCUUAAUUACGUACAUAAACACCUAAUAAUCCGACAAAAACAUACUCCACACAUUGGCAAACACUUGCUGAGUUCAUAAUCUGAUUAACAAGUGUUAUAUAUCUUUCGUAUAGGAACAGUGAACUCUAAUAAGACUAGAACGAUAACUCAGGUAAACAUGCCCAUACUUGCCUGAAGCCAACCGUGCAAGGAAAUUGCACUUUUAAAAGGACUAAGGAGAGUUUCGAGGAGUGGGAAAUUCAGUCAAAGUUUAUUUUCGACGAAAAUGAGCAAGAAAAGUCGUUUUUCAUCAAAAGACUUCAAUUUUAAAAACCCAAAUACGAUCUAUUUGAUAGUUAGAACUGCUUUGCAUCUCACAACAGUGAAAGUUUGAAGGGUAUCAGGUUUGUUUUGUAAAAACGACACUAGUUGAACGUGCCGAAGUGAGCUUUGCUCUUUAACUAAAAAAAAUACUUUGAAACAUAAAUCUACGGACCAAUACCUUUUUUGUAUUAAAGUCUAGGUAUAGUUGUUUAUUUUGAGUGCUUUUUGACAUCUCUAAAACGUGAAUAAAUCGAUUUUUUCGUAGAAACCCCCGUGAUUUGCGUUUUGUGAUUUGGCGCCCGGGAGAAGUUCGCGCGCUAUGACUUUUUCGAAGAGGUGUAUUUUCGCCGCCGUACCUCCAAUGGCGGCCUUCAAUUUGGCUUCAAAGAUGGCGGCCGAGUUAUCGUUCCAGUCUUAUUAGAGUUCACUGUAUAGGAAUAAUUUUAGCUGCUUUGUAUUGAUAUCUGCUUUAUUUCUGAUCAAGUUAUACGUUCGUACGAUCGUACAACAUCCGCAUAUAAUUUCUGCGCAGUCAUUUUCAAUAGAGAUGAAAGCAAAAAUAGAUCAAAGAGCGAAGAAUAGUUUUAGCUGUAUAUAUACUUCACGCCGACUAAAGAGCAAAAGCCGAACCAUUUCGUGGCUACGCAGUGAGUUUUUGAAAGAACAACUGAUACGCAUUAAUGACGUAAUUGUAAGGAAGGUAUGUUUUUAGUGGCUACGUGACGUAUUUCCUUGAUAAUGUAAUUUGAUAGCGCGUCACUGCGAAAGAUGACUAGUGGACGGGUAUUCUGCAAUUUAGCCAUGGGCUUGCGUGGUCUUUUCGCGUGGGCCACGGGUGUCAUCCCGCGUUCAUACAGAGAUGCGUGAGUUAACACCGCGAAUCGCGUUGGUCAGGCUCGUCCAAUCAGCGCGUGCGGCAUCCCUUUCAUACAGUGAUGAGUGAGUCCCCCUGAUUACUUGCGUUGGUAUAUAAGCGGGGAAGGGGGUCAUCUACUCAUAUGUAGUAUAAAAGAUUAUUGUUUACUAGACAUUGGCCACACAUUGUGCAGACAUUUGCAAAAGAAUGUACAUUAUAUUCCAAGUUGGUUGACGUUAUACUACGCACAACCACUAUUAAAAUAGGUGGGAUAGGAUCUUCUCAAUUUUUUUGUGUGUCCCACUCCCUUUUGUCAGUGUAGUUGAUACUGGUUAUUUUUCCAUGUUUUUAAUCUACACAUUAUUUGCAAUUAUAUAGGGUUUUACCCAGCAUAUGUCAUUUUGGCUAUAGCAUCUAAAAUUUUGAAAGAUAAACCUGAAUACAUACGUCAAAUGAUUGACUGGUUGGCUGAACGCAAUUUCCAGUGGCGCGUGUGUUACAGAGCGUCGUGUGAUGGUUGGGAAGCAAAGGACUUCCACUUAAAUUGUGACAACAAAGGACCAACUGUGGUUUUGGUGCAAGUUGAUAAUUUUAUCUUUGGUGGCUAUACAGAUGUAAAUUGGACAGCCUCUUCAGGUAAAUAUGCGAUAAUAAAUCUGGUCCAACGAAAGUCGGCUAUAGUUAGUGUUUAGCUGCCCGCAACUCAAAAGCGAUUCCCGCUAAUAUAUAGAAUUAAUUGAAAUCAUAAUUAAAACGAAUGUAUUAGUGGGCGAUGGAGCUGCAGCCCCCCUCAAUAAUUUGCUAAUAAUCAUUCUUUUUUCAAAAUCAUGCAGACCUUUAUCACUGCAAAGAAUGAAGAUAUUACCCUGCAUACUCCCCUGCGACUUAUCCAAUAUAUAGUUAAUUAAAUACGCCUUCGCCCAUUUAGUACUACUAAACUGUAAGUAAAUUGUAAAUUUCGACAUAGUAAAACGCUAUUUUCUGACCACCAGAAUUAUGUCAAAUCUUAAUCUUCCCCAAAGUCCAGGAAAUGGCAUUUCAGAGACUCUAAAUUUAAAAAUCUCCUCGCUUUCAGACCCCCUCAAUCAAAAAGACCUUCCUAAGGCGUGCUGUGUACUAGUUACAACUUCAUUUAUGCUUUUUACUUUGUUCAAAGAUCGCGUAAAAGAGUCUGGAAAGUCGUUUAUUUUCUCUCUUUCAAACAACGACAAUCUUCCUCCAUUCAAAUCCUGUCUUCGAAAGGGCAAAGACUCCAUUAAUCAAGAUUCAUCUUUCGGAGCAAUAUUUGGCCGCGGCAAUUCUAAUGAAGGGCGGGAUUUGUCAAUUUCAAACAACGCUGACAGAGUGAUUACAUCGUUCUCGGACUUUGGUCAUUCCUACAGUUUGCCUGAAGGAUAUGUUACUAAAAGUUGUAAAGCAAGAUCUCUUCUGGCUGGAAGUUUUAAGUUUGCUCCGACAGAAGUGGAAGUAUUUUACUGAAACGACUGCCAAGGUUGCUGCCAUUAUUUGUUCACUAACGGUAACAAUAAUAAUUAUCCUGCAGUGUAUCCUAUAGCAAGUUGUAUAAUGUUUUUUUGCGAUUUUCCAACUCUAUGCAGGCCAUAUAUAUAUGGUCAUAACAAUAUGGCCGCCAUUGACUUGAUUUGUGCAAAUAGCAGGUGCAUCCAGUCCUAGUUUUAGACCAGUGGUCCCAGCUUAGUUUGUUUUUAGACAUAUAUCAUUACUUUUAUAGCCACUAAAUGAAUGAAAUGUUGAUGUGUUCGUGUAUAAUAAUCUAUGUAGACAUAAUCUAUGUAGGUUUUGAGAGUAUAGUUUGUAUAGCAAAAUAUGUACUAGUUAAAACAUGAGCAGCCGAUCGAUAUAUAUCUUUAUCUGAUAUACAAACUCAAGCCGAAGGCAAGAGUUUGUAUAUCAGAUAAAGUUUGGAUGCAAAUGUUUUAAGGUCUUUUAAAGUACUUAAAAAACGACCCAUCUUAUGAUUUCAUUGGCGAAGUAAUUUUAAAAAUAAACAUUGUCUAAGCCGAGAAAAUCAAAGCUGAAGUUUAUAUAAAUCAGGAAAAAUCUUUAUCCGAUUUACAAGCAUUGAUUAAACAUUCAUGUUUUUUGAAUUUUCUUCAUGAGUUAUUAAUGAGUAUAUUAAUUAGUAUUAAAAAUGUAUUUAAAAAUGCUCAAGACCGCUCGGUCAAUCAGCAUCCAGAAUUACAGUUGUCUCUAUCUAAUACUAUAUAACUAUAUUCAUGCAUGCGUAAAGUGGCG